AUGCUCCGAAGUCGCCAGGCCUCAAAGGCCUUGAGAGCCUUGAGCCAAACACGAUCAUUUACCUCCACGACCUCUCCCGCUGCUAUCAAGGCCUCAAAACAGGUUCCUUCUGGUCAAAGAAAUCAAGCGACCGCUGCCGCAGCCACAUCUUCUGCACCUCGCGUGCGCGCCGUGCCGAGCCCUGCCUUCAAUGGAGACGAUCAAAGUCAUGUUCAGCCAUUGGCGAACCAACCCAAAAAUGACAUGGAUGAGUCGUAUGUACAACCCGCAAUUGUUGCUGUUGGCGCACAAUGUCGAGACGCUCGGACAGGGGCUUACGAUUUUUACAACAGAUUUAUUGGCAAGACAGGAGGUGAAAUUUUCCACGAGAUGAUGUUAAGACAGGGUGUUAAGCACAUUUUUGGAUACCCCGGUGGUGCUAUCUUGCCCGUCUUCGAUGCCAUCUAUAACUCAAAACACUUCGACUUCAUUCUGCCUAGACAUGAACAAGGUGCCGGUCACAUGGCCGAAGGCUAUGCUAGAGCUUCUGGCAAACCCGGUGUCGUCCUCGUAACGUCUGGACCUGGUGCCACUAAUGUUAUCACGCCGAUGCAGGAUGCCCUCUCGGAUGGAACUCCUCUGGUAGUCUUUUGUGGUCAGGUUCCUACUACUGCCAUUGGAAGCGAUGCCUUCCAAGAAGCUGAUGUUGUUGGUAUCUCCCGCGCCUGUACCAAGUGGAAUGUCAUGGUUAAGAACGUUGCCGAACUGCCACGCCGAAUCAAUGAAGCUUUCGAGAUCGCCACAUCUGGCCGCCCUGGCCCUGUCCUUGUCGAUUUGCCUAAGGAUGUCACCGCUGGUAUUCUAAGAAAAGCCAUUCCUACCGAAACCGCUCUCCCGUCUCUGCCCAGCGCUGCAUCCCGAGCCGCCAUGGAGCACAGCCAGAAGCAGCUGUCGGCUUCUAUCAAGCGCGUCGCUGAGCUUGUUAAUAUUGCCAAGCAACCUGUGAUUUACGCCGGCCAGGGUAUCAUUCAAUCGGAGAAUGGCCCCGAGCUCCUGAAGGAAUUGUCCGAGAAAUGCUCUAUUCCUGUUACCACUACCCUCCACGGCCUGGGCGGCUUUGAUGAGCUUGACGAAAAGGCUCUGCAUAUGCUUGGUAUGCAUGGUUCUGCCUAUGCCAACAUGGCCAUGCAGGAGGCUGAUCUGAUCAUUGCCCUGGGAGGUCGUUUUGACGAUCGUGUUACUGGAAACAUUGCCAAGUUUGCUCCCGGAGCCAAGGCAGCUGCGGCGCAAAAACGUGGCGGUAUCGUUCACUUCGAGAUCAUGCCCAAGAAUAUCAACAAGGUUGUUCAAGCUACUGAGGCUAUUGAAGGCGACGUGGCAGCUAGCAUGAAGCUUCUCUUGCCCGAGGUCCAGCCUCGAUCUAUGGAAGAUCGCAAGGUUUGGUUUGACAAGAUUAGGGAGUGGAAGAAGAAGUGGCCUCUGUCCCACUACGACAGAUCGGUGGACAACGGUCUCAUUAAGCCUCAGACCCUCAUUGAGGAGCUGAGCAACCUGACGGCUGACCGCAAGCACAAGACAUACAUUGCCACCGGUGUCGGUCAGCAUCAGAUGUGGACCGCUCAGCAUUUCCGAUGGAGACACCCUCGCACGAUGAUCACGUCUGGUGGUCUGGGAACUAUGGGCUACGGUUUGCCUGCUGCUAUUGGUGCCAAGGUCGCCCAACCUGAUGCCCUCGUUAUUGACAUUGACGGUGACGCUUCUUUUGGCAUGACUCUGACUGAACUGGCUACUGCUGCUCAGUUCAACAUUGGUGUCAAGGUUAUCGUCUUGAAUAACGAGGAACAGGGUAUGGUUACCCAAUGGCAGAAUCUCUUUUAUGAGGAUCGAUAUGCCCACACCCACCAGGUCAACCCCGACUUCAUGAAGCUGGCUGAAUCGAUGCGUGUUCAGUCACGCCGCCUGAUUGACCCCGCCGAGACUACCGAGGCUCUCAAAUGGCUGAUUGACACCGAUGGCCCUGCUCUUUUGGAAGUUGUUACGGACAAGAAGGUGCCUGUUUUGCCCAUGGUGCCCGCCGGCUCUGCCUUGCAUGAAUUCCUCGUCUUUGAUGGUGGUGAGUACCUGACCUACAUUGGAGCCUUUGAAAAUACGAGGAUACUAAUGAAGUUUGUUACAGAGAAAGAUAAGCAGCGACGAGAACUGAUGCGACAAAGAACUUGCGGUCUGCAUGGUUAG